UAGUCAGCUUUCCAAAUUGAAUACUAGUGGUCGGGUGGUGCGUGUUCGUUUGAUGCGGAUAACAUAGGCGCGUAUAUGUGUUGAAAUAAAAACAAAUGCCAAUAGUGUUAUUAAUAUUAAAUUGAGUUGUUGAAAGUGUACAAAAAGAAAAUAUAGACAGCUCAUAAAAUACGUCUACCUAUAAACGGUGGAGGGCAAUUGGAUUUUUUGCUGGUUUUGGUUAUAAAGAAAGUUUUAGAGUGAUUGUUAUAAAUGGCCACAAUAGAUGGAAGACCGGCUCAAUAUGGGAUUUCUCUUAAGCAAUUACGAGAGAUCAUGGAGCACAGGGGACGAGAGGGUGUGCAGAAAAUUCAAGAAUUUGGUGGUAUAAUGGAAAUUUGUAAAAAGCUAUAUACAUCUCCAAAUGAAGGUUUGGGUGGCUCAAAAUCUGAUGUUGAGCAUAGAAGGGAAACAUUUGGAUCUAACACUAUACCACCGAAACCUCCUAAAACCUUCCUAACUCUAGUAUGGGAAGCUUUGCAAGAUGUAACGCUUAUUAUUUUAGAAGUAGCUGCAUUAGUAUCACUUGGCCUAUCAUUUUAUAAACCCGCCGACGAUGAUGCUCCUGUUUUACAAGAGGAGGAAGAUCAUCAUGGCUGGAUUGAAGGUUUAGCCAUUUUAAUUUCUGUCAUAGUGGUUGUCAUAGUGACAGCAUUUAAUGAUUAUUCCAAGGAACGUCAAUUUAGGGGCUUGCAAAAUCGCAUAGAAGGCGAACACAAAUUCUCAGUCAUACGUGGUGGCGAAGUGUGUCAAAUAUCAGUUGGUGAUAUUGUUGUUGGUGAUAUUGCUCAAAUAAAAUAUGGUGACCUGUUACCUGCUGAUGGUAUACUUAUACAAAGUAAUGACUUGAAGGUUGAUGAGUCUUCACUAACUGGCGAGUCUGAUCAUGUUAAGAAAGGUAUUGAUAGUGAUCCUAUGGUAUUAUCGGGAACUCAUGUUAUGGAAGGUAGCGGUAAAAUGAUAGUAACUGCUGUCGGUGUUAAUUCCCAAGCUGGUAUUAUCUUUACUUUGUUGGGUGCUGCCGUCGACGAACAAGAAGCGGAAAUCAAGAAGAUGAAAAAAGAAGCUAAAAAGGCCAAAAAGAGUAAGAGUUUAACAGGCGACGACGAAAGAGCACCUGGUAAAGUAGUUAGUCAAAAGGCUGAUUCCGAUGGUAAUCACAUUCAGCAGCAGAAGUCUGCCCCAGCUCCCGAGUCCGGCCACAAAAAAGAGAAAUCUGUUCUACAAGCAAAACUUACAAAGCUGGCCAUACAAAUUGGUUACGCUGGAUCAACAAUUGCCGUACUAACUGUCAUCAUAUUGGUUAUACAAUUCUGUAUUAAAACUUUUGUCAUUGAGGAGAGGCCUUGGAAAAAUACGUAUGCCAAUAAUUUGGUAAAGCAUUUAAUUAUCGGUGUUACUGUUUUGGUUGUAGCUGUACCAGAGGGUCUACCGUUGGCAGUUACACUUUCAUUAGCCUAUUCCGUUAAGAAAAUGAUGAAAGAUAACAAUUUGGUGCGUCAUUUGGAUGCUUGCGAGACUAUGGGCAAUGCCACUGCCAUUUGUUCAGAUAAGACUGGAACAUUAACCACAAAUCGAAUGACUGUUGUGCAAUCGUACAUUUGUGAAAAGUUAUGCAAAGUUUUACCCACUCUAAAUGAUAUACCACAACAUGUGGGCAACCUUAUAACCCAAGGAAUUUCAGUAAAUUCAGCAUAUACUUCAAAUAUUUUGCCUGGAUCAGAACCGGGAGAUUUGCCUAUGCAGGUUGGCAACAAAACAGAGUGUGCUCUAUUAGGCUUUGUGCAGGCAUUAGGUGUUAAAUAUCAAUCUAUAAGAGAUGAAAUUACUGAAGAUAAAUUUACCCGCGUCUAUACAUUCAAUUCGGUGCGCAAGAGCAUGGGUACCGUUGUACCUAGAGCAAAUGGUGGAUAUCGAUUAUAUAGCAAAGGUGCAUCGGAAAUUAUUUUAAAGAAGUGUUCGUUUAUUUAUGGUCAUGAUGGUGUUUUGGAGAAAUUUACACGUGAUAUGCAAGAACGUUUAAUUCGGGAAGUUAUCGAACCCAUGGCAUGUGAUGGUUUACGUACCAUUAGCAUUGCCUAUCGUGAUUUUGUGCCUGGAAAAGCCGCCAUUAAUGAGGUCCACAUAGACAAUGAGCCGAAUUGGGAUGACGAGGAAAAUAUGAUGACAAACUUGACGUGCCUGUGUGUUGUAGGUAUUGAAGAUCCCGUGCGACCCGAAGUCCCCGAUGCUAUUCGUAAGUGUCAACGUGCUGGUAUUACUGUACGUAUGGUUACCGGUGACAAUAUCAAUACAGCACGUUCGAUUGCAAGCAAAUGUGGCAUUUUGAAACCAAAUGAAGAUUUCUUAAUCCUAGAAGGCAAAGAAUUUAAUAGACGCAUUCGUGAUAGUAAUGGAGAUAUUCAACAACAUUUAAUUGAUAAAGUUUGGCCCAAAUUGCGCGUAUUAGCUCGAUCAUCUCCCACUGAUAAAUACACCCUAGUCAAAGGUAUCAUCGAUAGUGCGGUUAGUGAGAAUCGUGAAGUUGUUGCUGUAACUGGUGAUGGCACCAAUGAUGGUCCAGCCUUAAAGAAAGCUGAUGUUGGUUUUGCUAUGGGUAUUGCUGGCACUGAUGUGGCUAAAGAAGCUUCCGAUAUUAUUUUAACUGAUGACAACUUUAGUAGCAUUGUUAAAGCUGUUAUGUGGGGUCGUAACGUAUACGAUUCGAUUGCCAAAUUUUUACAAUUCCAACUUACAGUGAAUGUAGUUGCUGUGAUUGUGGCUUUCAUUGGUGCUUGUGCAGUCCAAGAUUCUCCACUUAAGGCAGUACAAAUGUUAUGGGUUAAUUUAAUUAUGGACACACUGGCAUCUUUGGCCUUGGCCACCGAAUUACCGACACCAGAUUUGUUGUUGCGCAAACCUUACGGUAGAACAAAACCUUUGAUUUCACGUACUAUGAUGAAAAAUAUUUUGGGACAAGCUUUGUAUCAAUUAGUAAUCAUUUUUGGUCUCUUGUUUGUCGGUGAUCUUAUACUUGAUAUUGAAUCUGGACGUGGACAAGAACUUAAUGCUGGACCUACACAACAUUUCACAAUUAUUUUUAAUACAUUUGUUAUGAUGACUUUGUUUAAUGAGAUCAACGCCCGCAAAAUUCAUGGCCAGAGAAAUGUUUUAGAAGGACUGUUUACGAAUCCAAUCUUUUAUACAAUUUGGAUAUUUACCAUGAUCUCUCAAGUCGUUAUUGUACAAUACGGAAAGAUGGCAUUCUCAACAAAAGCUUUGUCACUCGACCAAUGGCUGUGGUGUAUUUUCUUUGGUCUUGGCACACUAGUUUGGGGACAACUAAUUACUUCUGUACCUACACGAAAAUUACCUAAAAUCCUAUCAUGGGGACGAGGACAUCCAGAGGAAUAUACCGAUGGCAUGAAUUUGGGAGAAGAACGUUUUGACUCUAUUGACUCGGAUAAAAAACCACGUGCCGGUCAAAUCUUAUGGAUUCGCGGCCUCACACGUUUACAAACUCAAAUUUCAGUACCGGUUAUAGGUGGCGAAUUGCAAGAACGCUUGAUACCGGUCCCCUACAGCAAGAGUUCUACUGAUCAAGCUAUACGUGUGGUUAACGCCUUCCGCCAGGGAUUGGAUGCUAGGUACGGUGAUCAUGCCAACACUUCAUUGGCUGAAGUUUUACGCAAACAGACCUCCCUCAGUAAGCGCCUUUCGGAGACUUCCUCAUUGGAAUAUGCUGAUAAUAUACCUGAUGAAUUAACAAUACCAGAAAUAGACGUUGAACGUUUAUCCUCACACAGUCAUACCGAGACCGCCGUAUAAAACACGAACAAAAAUACAAUUACAGCAGCUACAAUAACAAAGACUAUUUCUUAAUAUAAUGCUGCGCGGCCACCAACCAUAUGUUACCAUGUGUUACAUCUAUUUAUAAUCUGUAUAUGUAAAAGAUUAAUAUCAAGGCGAAUUUAUACACGAUGGCCUCAACUAAAAGUGGCUUACAGCUGUUUUUUUUUUGUCGUGCGAAGUAAAACUCCAUAUAAAAAAACAAAAAAUGAAUUUUUGUAUCAAUGCGCCUUGAUUAAUAUUUAUGUUUGUUUAAACUGUAAUGUAAAAAUUUGUUGAAAUUUGUUUUUAUUAAUUUAUUUUACUUCUUUUUUAUUUAUUUAUUUAUUCAUUUCUUAUGAACUACAUACAACUAGUAUAAUUUUAACUUUGUGGUAAGCGCAAAGGAUUUGUUUUCAUAUAUUAAUGCAAAAUUUCAAAAUUUACAUUAACAAACAAACAACAAAUAUUAGUAAUAAGCCAAAGAAAGCUAAACAAAAUCUUUAUUAAAAACAAAAAUUAUAAUCUACAACUA